UCUGUAUGUGUGUCACACAGAGAGAGAGAGAGAGAGAGAGAGAGAGAGAGAGAGAGAGAGAGAGAGAGAGAGAGAGAUGGCAUCCUCGUCUGCGGCGGAGGCGGUUCCGCAGACAGAAAGCGGUGUGUUGAAGGGGCAUGAGGGAGCUGUGCUGGCCGUACGAUUCAACAAGGACGGAGCCUACUGCUUGACCUGCGGAAGAGAUCGCACUCUUCGGCUAUGGAACCCUCAUCGCGGGCUGGCCAUCAAAACAUACACAGGACAUGGACGCGAUGUGAGAGACGUGGCUGUUUCCAGUGAUAACAGCAAGCUGGCAUCUUGUGGGGGGGAUCGACAUAUUUUCUACUGGGAUGUACAGACAGGAAGAAUCAUAAGAAGAUUUCCAGGGCACGACAGUGAGAUCAACGAUGUGGAGUUCAAUUCCGAGUGCAACGUUCUCGUCAGCGGAGGGUACGAUUGCUUUGUCAAAGUCUGGGAUUGCCGAUCUUUCAACAUGACGCCCAUUCAGGUGAUAGAAGGCUUUCGUGACAGUGUGACAUCGAUCGUCGUCACGCAAAGCGAGAUCGUGUGUGGCAGCGUGGAUGGGACGAUUCACACCUUUGACAUCCGAAUGGGGAAGGUUGUGACAGAUCAUCUCGAUCAGGCCGUGACCAGUGUGAGCCUAUCGAAUGACGGGUAUUGCGUUCUUGCAGGAUGCCUGGACAGCAAGCUCAGGCUUCUUGAUAGGAGGACAGGGGAGCUUUUGAAUGAGUACUCGGGUCAUCAGAAUAAGAUCAUGCUGAAUCUUGACGGAUCUGACCCCCUUAAUGUCCGAUGGGGUCAUCAGUUCAAAUUUUGAUGGGAUCUGAUCCCCCUUUAAAAAAAAAAGGGUGCUGAAUCUGACCCCCUUAAAAAGAAAGGUGCUGAAUCUGACCCCCUUAAAAAGA